AUGGAUGUUGUCACAAAUUUGUGGAAAGGUGACGAUAGUAAAAAAAUAUCGGUUAAAGAAGAAGCUAAUCAAGACUCUAGAAAUGUUUUAAAUGAAAUGAAUAUGUAUUCUGCAGCAAAAGUUGAACGCAAGAAUAACAAUAAUAUAAAUUUAAAUAUUUCACAUAAAGCAAGUAACAUUAACAGUUCCUCAGACAGUCGAUCAAAUCGAAGCCAUUUAUCUUCCCAGGGUAAAUCUAACAGCAACCAUGUAGAUAAAGUAUCCUCUAUACAACAAAUGAUGACAGAUACCCUUGUAGAGAAAAUUAUUAAAAUGGCAUUGCCUCCUUCAUCUAUGGCUAUGAAAGAUCAAAUCGCAACCAGAAUGGUCUCAGCAAAAAAUAGACCAAGUUUAUCUGUUCAAUUAUUAUCAAAAAAUUUCAUUGCAAUGAAUUCCAGGUUGGCACUCCCCUUUAUGAUUAUUGAUAGUGUAAUAGAUUUUAUCAAUUGGGAGAAUAUUCCAAUGACGUUAUCCAUCAUGUGUCUUUAUACAUUAUGUAUCUUGAACCCACUGAUUUCCCUCACUUGCGGUCCAUUAUGUUAUAUUUUAUUUCAAAUAAUGGUUCCACAUUAUAUGAAUGUCCAUUUACCCAAUCCAACAGAUUCAGUUAAUUGUUUACUAGAGGUUAAUCGUAGUCCUGCACAGGGUCCACCUUUGAAGGAUCCAAUUUUGCCUGAACCAGUACCUGAAUUCAGUCAAGAAUUUGUGAUGAAUUUACAAGAUUUACAGAAUCAUGUGUUGAUAUAUGUGGUAGCAUAUGAUUUUAUAUAUUUUAUAAUGAAAAAGUUUGUAUUUUUCAUUAAUGAACAAAUGUCUACUGCAUGGUUCAUAAUAUUGUUAGGUGUGACAAUAUUCAAUUAUCUUUUUAUUGAUAUGAUAUGGAGUUUGAUUCCUAUAAAGCUUCUUUUAAUUUUGUUGGGUUGGUCACUAAUCAUCUUGCUUUAUCCAAAGAAUAGGGACAACUUCAUGCAAAAAUUGUUAUCUGAAGAAACAAGAGUAUCAUGGUUACAAAUCACGAACCAAUAUGAACAUAAGAUAAAUGAACAACUGAGAUUUGUAGAAGCUCGUGAAAAUAGGGUGGUUAACAUCUUUGAGAUCCAAGUGUAUAAAAACGAACAUAAGGAAUGGACUAGUAUAGGAUAUUAUAACGACCACUACACGUUAUUUUCCCCGUUGAGAUUGAAAGAGGAAAAGAUUGAACCUUUAUGUGUUAAAGACAUUGAUGAGAUUGAACCACCUAGGGGUUGGAGCUGGAUUAAUGAUGGUUCUUGGGAGUUAGAUUUAUCACCUGAAAUAUGGGUACGUGAAAAUUUUAUUAAUAAUGUCAGAAUUGAUUCAAGUACAAAAUGGGUAUAUGAUAAGGUUGAGGAUUUUACAGAAGUUUCAAAAUGGUAUAGAAGAAGAAUGUGGGUCCGUAAUGUAAUUCGUGAGAUAACAACGACAGCUAGCAAGACUAAUUCACAAGGUAAUAAUAAAGAUGAGAAGGCCUAUGAUAAUCCAACAGAUUUUGAUGAGAUGACAGAUACAGUAAUUACGGAAACAAAUACUGGAGAUAUUCACACCAAUAGAGGCAAAAAUAAUAUUAAUAAUAAAGAGUAUGAGUAUGAUAAUAAUAACCAUAUAAACAAGGAUGAUUUUGAUAGGGACACAUCGCGAGAAGAAAUAGAAGAAGUGAGAAAUCCAGUAAGGGAAGAUCGUAGUUCAAGUCAUAUAUCAAUCAGAGGAAUAGCACGUGAAUCAUUAACUGGUGCAAAGGUUAGAUCAUUUAUUACACCAACAACCUCUUCUUCUUCUACAAAUUCCCGCUCUACAGAGAUCAAUACAUCACCUCUUUCACUUUUUACUACUUCAUCCGAUGUUCAAAAAAUAAAGAGUAAUGAUUCGUAUCUAGAUAAAGUAAAAUAA